ACACUGAGAGAUGUGAUGGCCUGCAAUUCUUCGCAGGUUAGGAUGGCUUGCAGCAAGGAUGGAUCCUAGCGAGCUCAGCUGCUUUUUCAAUUUGAUCACUCCGUUCUCGCAUACCUGGUUGUUCACGGCUCAAAUCUGCGACAAUGCUACAGACAUUAAUCCGACAAGUACGGUACUGCUAAGCGUCCUCUUGAAGCCAAGCCACAGACGACGUUACGGCGGCCAGCGGCGAAUGAUCUCAGGCGAUGGUAUUCAAGCGCGCGCAGCCUCUCUGCGCCAGGAAGCGACUCGGCGGUGGCUCGUGAAGGACGAGCUGAUAUUCCUGCUGUUGCAUUACAAGCUGGUGGGCGUGCCGAUUCUCCACUCGCUGCAGUUGCGGCCGCCAAGCGGUACCUUGCUGUUCUAUGACACGCAGAAGAUAUCGGACUACAAGAGGGAUGGCUGGCAUUGGCAGAAGCGCAAGGACAAGAGCGGACGGGUGCGUGAGGACCGCGCCAAACUCGUGAUCAACCGAGAAGUCAUCAUCUUAGGGACAUACGUGCACUCUGCCGAGACUUCUACAUUCCAUCGGAGGAUUUAUUCAGUGCGCGACUCCAAGGAUACUAUCGUCCUCGUCCACUACUUCGACGAAGCCAACAAGGAUCCUGCGAUUCGUCAAUUGUCUUUGACUUCAAUCAAAACCAAUCAAAGCACAAGCAAGGGGGUUAAACGGUCGCUACCAGUUGCUGUAACCAGGGGUGUCAUACCCCUAAGACAACCCAGUCCACCGCAGCCAUUGUCAUCGGAAGAAACGGUAGAUUCCAUCAUGAAAAACUGUUUUGAUAUGGAUUUCGAGCCUCACGGUGCAUUGUACCAGACUUCUUCGCUCAAUAUGUCUGAUGCAGAUCUACAACUAUUGAAGGACAGUGCAAUGGAGGAAAUCAGUGCCGACGAUUUGUUCAAUGAUCUGGCUUCGGCGACAUCGCCAGAAAAAGACACUAGCGGCUUGGGAGGUCAACAGACUUUUGAACUGGUCGAAAUUUCAGACUUUUCUCCUGACUGGGACUUCGGAGACGGCGGAGCCAAAGUUCUCAUCUGUCUGGCAGCAAAGCUUCCUGAAAGAUUGGCUCUAGAUCCGAUGAAAUUGUUUGUGCAGUUUGGAAUGAAACGAGCUCGCGCAGAGAAAGUAUCGGAGACGGUAUUGCGCUGCACUGCUCCAAGUUCGCUAGAGCUUGGAAGUGUGGACAUGUUUGUGUGCCACUUCGGUGGAUCAUUGGAAUGCAUACAGCUAACCCACAAAAAGCAGUUCACAUAUCGGAGCCAUUAUCAGGUGUCGCCUUCGCUGAUUGGGCGCAUUGCAAGAGAUAAACGCGUUUCUGAAGCAGGAGCGAUAGAUCCUUUGGAUCUUACAACACCAAGUACCCCUAGUGCCUUCGGCACCGGUAAGAGAGGUCGAUCACCGACUGUUCUGUCCCAAAGUCCGGUCAUGAAGCGAUCAGAGGACAAAUUUACUGGAUCAAAUCGAAAUCUAUCGACAUACGUCGAGUCAGAUUUGGACGAGCGGCAAUGCAAGAUUCGGGUGGUAGAGCGUCUGUCUGAAUUCCACCAGGCAAUUCGCACCAAAACUGCGGAACCUGCACCCAUUGACCCGCCAGCUUUUGCUGGAAGCGAUAGUGACGACAGGAAUGCUACUUUACGGAGAGAAGAAAACUCGUCCUUACCGACCACGCUGCCAACUUCGGGUUCAUCGACUAGUCAAGUGGCUCAUCCUCAGCAAUCAAGCGUCAAGACAGAAUCUUCAGACUCGUCGACUGCAUUGGACGAUUGCACUAUUGAGACACUAAGUGACAACGAUUUGGAGCAGCUCUCGGAAAAACUACUCGAGCGUGUCGUGCGUCAGCUUAUCACGGUCGCGCACACGAGCGAAGAACUGCUGGACGAGCUCAACUCCCUCGACGAAACUGGAUUGAGCUUGUUGCAUUACGUGAGUUUUUACAACUACUCGCAGUUGGUGCCGGUACUGGUUGCACAUGGUGCACAUAUCAACCAGCAAAGUACGCAAGGUCAGACAGCACUUCAUUUAGCAGCAGGGUGCGGCCACGACGAAGUAGUAGAUGUAUUACUGGAAUCUGGAGCGGACUUACAAGUGCGCGACUUUGACGGCCUUACGGCUGCUGAUCGCGCAGAGAAGUCAGGUCACGCAGACGUUGCUGCAAAAUUGCACCAUCACAUGGGCGAUGAUUCGAGUGACUUGAGUACUGUUGACGAGAUAUAUGGCUUUGGAGGAUCACCGAUGGAGAUUGAUGACGCCCCAACGCCGUACACUGAUGCUGGAGAUAUGGGCCUUUUAGCAGAAAAUGAUCACGUGGCGUCUAAUGUUCAUCCACCGCGUUCCCACUCGAACAGUUGUGAGAGUCCGUGCGAGUCAAAUUUGUCGUCGAAGAUGACGUCUUAUGUGGGAGCGAAUCAAGAGCACAAUCGGAAGCUUCUGCUUGGAGCUUUCUCUACGAUGAGUUUGCACGAUAAAUGCGCGCUUUCAUUGACAAUAUCGCGAGACUCGGGGGGUCACGUAUCCAGGCGUCGUGAAAGCAGCGUUGGAGAAGACGUUCUAAUUAAUUCACCCAGUAGUAGCACGGGAACAUCGGCAGGUUUUGGUUCAUCUCCAGCAAGUAUGGUUGGCAUGGACGCCAACCUUGUUGGCGCACGGUUAGUGCUGUCAGGAGCAGAGAACGACUCGGAUGUUCAGAGCGUAAUUGCCGAAGACGAGGAGGGUUUGAACAAACUCCAAGCAGCGAUGGAACUCAUGGGGCCAGAAGAAAGACAGUCACUGGAAGAUGAGGUGAAGGUUCUACAGCAUGGCAUCCGAGCAUGGUUGCUCAAGCGGAAUUGCAAGAACAUGCGCGAAACGACCAAACAGCUCCGUGAAGCCACGCAGAGCAUCGAGGACCAGCAGAAGCAACAAGAAGCAGCCGAGCAAUGCUCUUUGGUAUCUAGUGAGUUAUCAGAACGUGAGCGUGCCGCUGUGACCGUCCAGGCAGCGACACGCAGCAUGCUGGCUCGACGCAGUUUCCUACAGACAAAGCACGUCGCAAUUAAGUUCCAAGCCGCUACACGCGGUGUGCUUUGCCGCAAGAACUUUGCGCGUAUGAAAGCGCAUGCUCUAGCAUCACUGGUGAUCCAGCGCAACGUCCGCGAGUGGUGGAACAAGCAGCCCGCUGCAACUCGCAUUGAUAAAGAAACCGAUGACCCAGAAAAAGACACAGAAGAAGAGAAAACUCCAAUUCCGGAAGACGCAUAUGAAGCGCAACGCAGCUUGUAAAUCACGCCACACAGUAUCAUAGUCCAACACCAGCAUUGCACAUUCCACCUCGUUCUAUUUGCCGCUUCCUCUGUAUAACGACGACUGUAACCUGCCACAGGAAAUUCGUGCUAAAAACCUUAGUCCAUGCUCUCAGCUCCUUCAUCCGUGUAUCGCCGGAAGCCCGGGAUGGGGGGCGUCCAGGUGGCCAUGCCACGCUCCUCCGGCACGGGGGAGACAUCGUUUUCCAGUGCCUCGUCCUGUAGUUCCGCGGGUAGCGCGUUAAUGGCCUCCCACUUGAGGUCGAUCUUAGUCUGCAGGUCGCGCAUAAGGUGGUUGUGCUCAAUGCUGCUCAUGAUGUUGUAGCGACGGCCGAUCUCCUGGUGGCGCUGCUUCUCCUCCUCUGUCCACUCCUCUCUGCAAAAAUAUCCACAACAAGAUUUAGUGCAUAAUAACAGCAUUACACUAUAAUAUUCGAUUGCAAC